UUAGCCUUUUCUUUUCUUAAUUUCUUCCAAUUCAACGCUCCCGACAACUGCUAACGAAAGUACACGCUAACACACACAUACACACACCCCUACACGCUUUCCCUCCUCAUCCUCUCUCUCUCUCUCUCUUGCCCAUUUUAGAUCUCAGACUCAACCUUCGUGCUUUACUUUCGGCGUAGCUCAAAGAGAAGCAUCGGUGUUGUUCGGUUUCUAUGGCUGCUCCACCGGCUAGAGCUCGCGCCGAUUACGAUUACCUAAUAAAGCUUCUCCUCAUCGGCGACAGCGGUGUUGGUAAAAGUUGCCUUCUAUUGCGUUUCUCGGAUGGGUCUUUUACAACUAGUUUUAUCACUACCAUUGGCAUUGAUUUCAAAAUAAGGACUAUAGAGCUUGAUGGCAAGCGAAUCAAAUUGCAAAUAUGGGAUACAGCUGGUCAAGAGCGAUUUAGAACUAUUACAACUGCCUAUUAUCGUGGAGCUAUGGGUAUUCUGCUUGUGUAUGAUGUCACAGAUGAGUCAUCUUUUAACAAUAUCAGGAAUUGGAUUCGUAACAUUGAGCAGCACGCUUCUGACAAUGUGAACAAGAUACUGGUGGGUAACAAGGCUGAUAUGGAUGAAAGCAAACGGGCUGUGCCUACUUCUAAGGGUCAAGCUCUUGCAGAUGAAUAUGGCAUCAAGUUCUUUGAGACUAGUGCAAAAACUAAUUUGAAUGUGGAGGAGGUUUUCUUUUCGAUAGCUCGGGAUAUCAAACAAAGACUUGCAGAUACGGACUCAAAAUCUGAGCCCCAGACAAUCAAGAUUAACCAAGCAGAUCAAGGAUCAGGGGCUGCUCAGGCCGCCCAAAAAUCUGCUUGCUGUGGUUAACGGAGAGCUCAGAGGCACAAAUUAGACUUGGAAAUUUAAUUUUGUCAAUGACUAAGUCAUUAGUGCUUGUAUUAUUAUUUUAGAAUUAACUACUCAUUGGUGUGAAUGGUAGAUCUUCCCUAUGUUGGGUUUGGGAAAUUAAUUAUGUGAAUCUGUUGCUGCUUAAA